AAAGAUGUUGGAACUUCAUGCAGUGAAAGAGGUAUGGUCCCAGGAGUAUGUGGCACUCUGCUUUUAGAUUUACGUAUCUGUGUGCAAGUUGCUUUAGCAUACAGAAUACUAGAUAUGACUCUAAAACCUCUGAAUGGGAAGGUAUUCAUUCUUAUGAAAGAUGUUUUUCCUUGGGACGAAGUACCAUUCAGUGAAGGUAUACAAGCUGGAAAUUCAUUCAAGUAUCAGAAGGUAGAUAGAAGGCUGAAUCUUAUCUGAGAAAGCUUGGAACUGGUAGCUCCAAAUCUUCCUACUUCAAGGUGGACUGCAUCUCGGUGUAUUUAUUUCCUUAGCAAUGAGAGGGAGGAUACUGGUGGGAGCUCAUAAAUAUCACAGUGCACAGUAUCUGAUUGACUAGAAUAAACAUUAAGUGCUGGGUGAAGAGAACCUUUUUUAGAAGUAGACUGUUUUAUAACUAUAUUUUAAAUGUUUCAUCAAAUGCGUAAAGCAAAAGAUAGCUUUUUUUAAUUCAGGAUAUUUAUUUGUUGAAAUAAAUGAAUAAUUUAUUUACUUGCUAUCUUGGUUGUAUGUCUCCUUUCUGUGGAUCCUUGUCAGGAUGUACUUCAAAUGGAUAUUUUUAGACAGCAAUGUUGGUCUUGGGGAGUAAUUGAAGCAUAGCAGUAGUACUUGGGAUGUAUAGAAGUCUUACGCUCAAUGAGAUCUCUUGACUUCAAUACUAGAACACAGAUUGCAAGUGGAGGAACAGGAGGACUGGAAGGCAAGACUACUGAGCUAACAUCAGGUGGCAAGUGGUCCUAAGUUCAUCUGAAACCUACCAUCAUCGUCACAGAAAGGGGCCACUCUUAAGCUUGUGUCCAGGCCCUUUAUGCCCUCAGGCUGUGUGUAAACAGACAAACAAACAAAAUCAGGUAAAAUUCUUUUGCAACACAUGCAGUGCUUGCAGUUCAUGUAAUAAUAUGUUUGUAUGCUUAUUAUUAGAUCUGUUCUAGUAUAAUGUGAUUUCACUGCUGUGUUGUGAGUAGUUAUGCACUGGUUUGAAUUAGAAUAAUGUUGCAUGCACUGUUUGUCACACUGCAAUGGUCUGGAUUACAAGUCUGCAUGUUUGCUGUUAUUUAAUUGAAUGCAGUUUACUGCAUGCAGUUUCAGAAGGUGACACCUCCCUGUGCUGAGUAAGACAUUAUAUUGCAUGAUGUGCUAAUAAGAAGUAAAUCGGAGGACUGAGACACUUCAUAUUAUCAGUGGACCUGACCAAACUCUGAGCCCAGUCCUCCCCAUGAACUCUUUUAAGCUGAACAACUUGAAUGAGAUUCCUCUCCAAAUCUGAGGCCUGAGCUUUUAUGCCAGUAUCCCAAGCUUCUGGAGGGGAGGUGGCAGAAGUGCAGAUUUUAGAGCUGGGUUUGAGUCCAAUGCUAAACAUUAUGAAUGAAGUUCAGUUCAUGUAGUGUUUCAUUCAACCUAUCUCUAUUCUUUGCAGAGAUUCACUAAGGAUCUCUGAAAAAAAGGAUGGAAGACAUGGAAAAGGAAGAAUGUUUGUGAUUUUUGAGGGUGGGUAGGGAAGCAAUCAGUCGUGUUUGUGAAGCCAUGCCUGGUGCCAAAGGAGCUUUCAAGAAACGAAAGUCAGCAAGCAAAGUUCUUUCUAGCAUCUUGGGAAAGAGCAAUCUUCAGUUUGCAGGAAUGAGCAUAAUGCUGAAUAUCUCCACCACCAGCUUAAACCUAAUGACUCCUGACACAAAACAGAUCAUAGCAAAUCACCAUAUGCAAUCUAUCUCCUUUGCAUCUGGAGGUGAUCCGGAUACAACUGACUAUGUUGCAUAUGUAGCUAAGGAUCCUGUUAAUCGGAGAGCUUGUCAUAUACUGGAAUGCUCUGAUGGCCUGGCCCAGGAUGUCAUCAGCACCAUAGGGCAAGCGUUCGAGCUUCGAUUUAAGCAAUACUUGCGAUGCCCUUCUAAGAUACCUACUUUCCAUGAUAGGAUGCAGAGUUUUGAUGAGCCAUGGAUGGAGGAAGAUAAUGAGCCAACAGAACAACAUGCCUAUUACAACAACAUCCCAAAUAAAAUGCCCCCCCCUGGCGGCUUCAUUGAUGCCAGGCUCAAAGCAAGACUUCCCACUGCUGCAGAUACAGCUCAGUCUGCAGCAGGACUGGGAGGACAGCAAACCUAUUACCAGAAUCGUCACUUAGGAGACAAAUUCGGUGAAGGCUGGCAUCAUGUGCCCCUUAAGCAAGGAUCUCUGGAUAUACUGGAAGAGAAAUCACAAGUAACCUCAACAGCAGAAAUGCCAACGUACGUAAACACCCAGCAUAUAGAUGUAGAAGCUCUACUGGCACUUCAGGCAGAUGCUGAAAGUACCUUCAGUGGAACAGCAGAUGAUACCAAAGCAAGCAGCCCAGGAAAGGAUCUGUUUGACAUGAAACCAUUUGAAGAUGCCCUCAAGAACCAAACAUCUGCAGCUGCUUCGAGGAAAUCCACCUCAACAGGAUGCACCAGUCCUCUUUUAUCCAGACAAGCUGACUGGACUGUAGCUGAAGACCUGAGUGCAGAGCCAUGGUAUCAAGGAGAGAUGAGCAGGAAAGAAGCAGAACAGCUAUUAAAGAAAUGUGGAGACUUCCUUGUGAGGAAGAGUACCACGAAUCCUGGCUCCUAUGUGCUGACAGGCCUGCACAAUGGACAAGCCAAGCAUCUUCUUUUGGUGGACCCAGAAGGAACUGUUCGCACAAAAGAUCGUGUCUUUGACAGCAUAAGUCAUCUCAUCAAUCACCAUCUCGAGAAUAAUUUGCCAAUAGUUUCUUCUGGGAGUGAGCUCUGCCUGCAGCAGCCUGCUGAGAGGAAGUACUGACUCCAGAUAACUAUUUUAGGUUUUGUAAUUUGUAAGCUAUAACAGGUAGAAAUUGCAGAUCUGAAAAAAAACCCAUGUAAUUAAAAAAAUUAUGGAUAUUCACAUAUGUUUCAUCAAUAUGUUUUCUUUAGGUUUAAGAAGCCCCAUUUCACAUGGUACACUUGAAAAUUCUCAAUGCUUUAUGUAGACAUGAAGUCACAGCAGAAGGCUUUAUUAAAAAGUAAUUUAAAUGAAAUUGUUCGGAUUCCCUGAUGUGAAUAUUGAUAGUGUAUAUAUACACAUUAUGUAUAUAAAUACAAUAUAUAUUUAUAUUUUUUAAGUCAGUCUGUUGAUGGUAUAGAACCAUCUUCUGCGUCAUGUGUUUCUACCAGAAGAAAAAUUCCAGUUGUAAUUGUUCAGGUAAAAAUGGAAUUCAUCAGUCUCAUUUUCUUAAGGAGUAUUGGGAAUCUUAUUUCUGCUUUUACCUAAGAAGCACAACUAUGGGGAUCACAAGUGGAUUAUGCUGGUUAGCCAUGGAAGGAGUCUGAAUUCAGCAAUUAGUAUUCCAACUCAGAAAUUUAGCAUAAAAUGGUUUUUAAAAGCAUUAUUCAGUGUCACUGAUCAUUUUCUCUUUCUGAUGUCAAGUUUGAAUUCUUAUAUGAUGCUACUCAAAACAUUUGUAUCUCGCUUUAACAAUGAUUUUGUGUGAUCUCUCUGUGUAUAAAAUGUGUGCAUUUGAUUUUUCUAAUGAUAAUAUAACAAUAUUCAGUAACUUUAGUUUAUUAAUUUGAGUGCUAAAGCUAUUUAUAAAUAGUUCUCUGCUUAUAGUGAAGAUCUAGGUGUCCUUGACUACCAGUCUCCAAUGAGGUGUUACAUACCAAUUAGGCAAGUUCAAAUAACUUGUGUUUAAUCGGUUUAGUACAAGAUGUACAUGGUUGUUCGGAGACAUAACUGAAAAAUCUUUGCUUCUUAUAAAUAGUGAAAACUAUCAUGGCUCAGUGGCCAUUUGCAUCUACCUACCAAAACCUUCACUUUGGCCUUCAACAAGUGAUAGGUAUUGCAAAUAUACUGUUUUUCUGUAAAUAUCAAGUUGAAAAAACACAUGUACUAAAGAUGCAUUUCUAGCAAAAAUGUCCUUGGCUUUUGGUACUGGGAAAGGUUUUUAGAAAGAUUUGUACUCUUCAAAUGCAAACACUACAUGAAGUUAUUUUCCUAUUUACAAAGCUUAUCAAAAGCCAAAUUCAAUAGAUAUAGUUCCUAUAAAGACAAAGUUUGUGCCAGAGUAAGGAUUUAGCCUUCAGUAUUCCAAGGUUGUCUCUAGCACCAGUAUCUCAAAUCAGAUCUUCAGACCUGAUUCAUAAAGGCUGUGACUCAGCAGGGUAAGUCUAGGUUAAGCACCUGCCUUCCUUGAAGUAGUCAAUACUUAAAUCUACUUAAAAUUAGAUUUGGUUUUCAGAAUUUGCUCAGUUUAAAAAUUUCUCAGAUUACAAGCAAACUGACUGAAGGAGUCAUUCAGGUAGGAUCCUCUUAUUAAAAUUCUGAUAUAUUUUGCCUAUACCUUCUGUUUUGAAAUAUAGUGAAGUAGCAACUUGGGAAGUUUGGUUUUGCUUGAUCUCAAGAGCAAAAAUGAUUGAGGUACCUAAGACAAAUCAUAUGAGCAGUGAAUAAAAAUACACUUUUUAAUUCAAGACAUUCAGAAGCCAAACUAUGACAUUAGUGAACCAAAUGCUUGUGAUUAAUUUUAUUGUGAAUACUAAUUAGUUGUUAUUUCUAGAUCUGGGUGGGACCUGAGAGCAAAGGAAUGAAAUUAAAUGCUGCAUUGCAACCCAAAUUAAUAUGGUGCUGAGGUUAGUGGAAUUCUUACAUUUGGGUUGUCCUUUUACCAGGUUGGAAAUUGAAAGGGAACAUGAGAAGAUCUUAUACCCAAAGCAGUACUCAUCAAAACUACUUUAUUUAAGAGCAUCCAUACCUCACCAUAUUCUAGCUUCAAGUGUAUCAGUUGCCACCAUUUCUGUCAUGUAUAAUAUUUGUCAUAUCAUGCUCCCAUCUCUCUAUAGCCGUGUCCUGGAAAGUGUUUAGUGUGAUAUCACUAACUAUAGGAGAAGACCUCUUUUUUACUUUGAAUGUUGUGUAUCACUUCAGUAAGAAUCAGAUGCCAAACCCCCUUAGGUGCCUUCAAAAAUCCCACCUGCUGCCUAUGUCAGUUUUAGAUUCCUAAAUACCCUGUCAGUGUAUGCCUGGAAGAAUGUGACAAGAUAGGGGUGUAUGAAUGAAGGCACUAAAUAUACACAGAAAUAACAAUCUAAAUUUUUUUACCAUCUUUAAUAACUUAGCAGCCACUUAGCUGCAUGUUUUGGAAAUUAAAGCAGGUGGCAAGGAGACACAAAGUGAAACAGCUUGACAGAAAUAUUUAAUUCCCCAGACUACCUUUCACAAACUCUGCCUCCAGGAAAAUGUGGCUAUUUUAAGCUGCUCUGUCAGCACAGCCAAUUUGCCCAGCUCACCAUGCGCAUUGAUGAUGCAAAUGUUAUACGUAGCUUAAUCAGAUGAACUUUGGCCCUAGGUAAUGGUAGUGCCUUUCGCCUGUGACAAUGCCUCUCCUGCCACAAUGGUCCAGCAGAUCCUGUCUGGCUAGAUGUGAUGAUCCAGAGGCUUUUCUAAGUCACUGAGAACCAAAUGAUCUCAAAGCUGCCAAGGAAGAAGGGGCAUGUGGACCAAUCAAUUCUCCUUUUGUGGAUCCUGCCAUUCUUCUAUGUCACUGUUACUCUGGUAGGUUUGGCUUUUCCCUAUAUGAAAAUGGCAUAAAAAAUGCACAGACAUUUGGAUAGCAGUUCCAAACCUGUUUUUGUUACAGCUCAACAA